GUGCGGUCUCUUUUCCCUUAGUUAUAUACUCUUUGUUAUUAACAAUAAUUUCUUUUUCUUUGUUUGUUUAUACCUAUUGUGUCUAGCCCUCGUGUUGAUUAAUUUUUUAAACAAAAAGAAAACCUAUACUCUGUUAGAGAUCUGAUAAUGUGAUUGUGACUCAUUCAUUCUAAUUUUUAAUAACAUUAAAACUGUUUUUAUUAUAGUUUUUAAAUUAGAAAUUUACACUUCUCUGAAACUAAAUCAAGUGAUGGUGUUGAUCUGAAUUUAUCAUGUCUUUGCCAAUAGAAGAGAGUCCUAUAAUUAAUUCGGAUAUAGAAAAUGAUGUCACUAGCAGUCAUCAGAAUCUCGUGGAAAACGAACCUGUUGAAGAGACAACAGGAUGGAUCAAAUGUCGAACAAUACUGGGUAUCAUGGGAUUUCUGGGAUUUGCAAAUGUGUAUGCAAUGAGAGUCAAUUUAUCUGUUGCCAUUGUGGCUAUGAUUAACUCUACAACAUCAUCAUCAAAUGACACAGGAGUAGAUGUUUGUCCUGUUAGUGAACCCACGAAUAACACAAUACCUCCAAAACCUGGUGAUUUUAAUUGGUCUGCUGAACAACAAAGUAUAAUAUUAGGUUCAUUCUUCUAUGGAUAUGUCUUGACUCAGGUACCAGGUGGCAGGAUAGCAGAAAUAUUUGGUGGGAAGCUUGUUUAUGGUGUGGGUGUUUUAUUGACAGCAUUAUUUACAAUUUUAAGCCCAAUUGCAGCCUAUGUGGAUUUCAAGUUUUUCAUUCUUGUCCGAGUACUGGAAGGACUUGGUGAAGGAGUUACAUAUCCAGCAAUGCAUGCUAUGCUAGCUCGUUGGAUUCCACCUUUAGAGAGAUCAAAGUUUGCUGCAUAUGUAUAUGCUGGUUCUAACAUAGGGACUGUGAUAUCCUUACCAAUAUCAGGAUGGCUUUGUACAUUAGACUUUGGUGGGGGUUGGCCACUAUGUUUUUAUCUUUUUGGGGGUCUUGGUAUAGUCUGGUUCAUAGCAUGGAUGCUAUUAGUGUAUGAUACUCCGCGUACUCAUCCAAGAAUAUGUCCCAAAGAGAUUGAGUACAUUACGUCGACAAUUGGCGAUCAGGGCGAAAAAUCUACAAUGUCAAUACCAUGGCGUAAAUUUUUGACUUGCGUGCCACUGUGGGCUAUUUUAAUUGCUCAGUGUGGACAAUCAUGGCUCUUUUACACCCAGCUUACUGAAUUGCCUACCUAUAUGAACAAUAUACUGCAUUUUGACAUUAUUUCUAAUUCCACACUGUCCGCAUUACCAUAUUUGACGUCAUGGAUCGCAGGUAUCUUGAUUAGUAUAUUCGCUGAUUGGUUAUUAGUGAAGGGAUGCAUCUCAAGAUUAACUAGUCUGAAGCUGUGGAAUACUAUAGCGGCGUUCGUUCCCGCCUUUGGUUUGCUCGGCAUUGCGUGGGCUGGUUGCGAUCGCGUGUGGGUCAUGACGUUGCUUAGCGUCACAUCAGCUUUCGGUGGUGCUGUAUAUGCUGGAAAUCAAAUGAACCACAUUGACUUGUCACCGCAGUUUGCCGGCACAAUGUACGGCAUCACAAAUGCAGCGAGCAACAUUUGUGGCUUUUUAGCACCCUACGUUAUAGGACACAUUAUUAGUGAUAAAAAGCAAACUCUUGGUCAAUGGCGUGAGGUGUUUUAUAUAAGUGCAGCCAUCGACCUUGGGGCCAACUUGUUUUACUUAUUCUUCGCCAGCACAGAGGAACAGGACUGGUCGAGACCUGACAGUGAUGAUAUGACAGCAUCAACACCGGUAGAGAGCAUCCUUUUCCCUGAAUCAUAGGACAUGUCACUAUUGCACCCAGUAGUCACUGGUGAUACUCUAGUGUAGUGCAUCAUGACAGAUAACAUGUGUCAGCGAGAUAUUUGACAAUUCUGAAAUUUAUGGAUUAAGUAUAAGAAGCUCAAAAGUGGAGAUUACAGCGUAAAUACAAAAUUAAGAGUCAAUUAAAAUUUAUAUUUCGAGGUGUCACUAAUACGUGCAAGCGGAAUAUAAGACAACGCAUCGUAAUUUAUUACUUCGAUUUACUAGUCGGAUCGGAGUGUAAGCAGGACAGAAGACAAGCCAAAAGUCUCUAUCGGCUUAAUUUUGUGUUCCCGAUGCAAUCUCUGUUUGGUUAUAAAUUUCUUAAAUAGUACUCAUUGUAAUAUUUUAAUAAGAAAAUGACUAUUUAAAAUUAAUAUUGUUUAAAAUGACCAUAUCAUCAUGAAUAAAAAAAAAUUGUUUAACAUUAACAAAUGUGAUCACUAUGUUAGUUAUACGUGUGUAUUAAGCUUUAUACUUUAAUACAAUUUUAAAAAUUGUAUUCAAAUUUGUAUUAUAAUGAAUAGCACAAUUUUAUUUUAAAUUUAAUUACCAAUUGAAUAACAGCAUCGACUAAUAAUUAUGUCUCCAAUUGUAUAGUGCUCAACCGGAUAAACUACAUCUACAAUUAUUUUAUCAUAGAUAAAUGUGUUGUAAAUUUUCAAUAUAUUUGUGUAGCAUUCCAAUUCCCUUUGGGGAACUAGUGAGGGGGUGGAGAGGGGUUUUUUUUUAUAACAGCCGUGGGAAUGGGUUCGUAUAAUGUUGGUUUAUUAUUGUAUAACAGUUAAUUUUUGGUACAAAAGUUAUUCCAGUAACAGUAUUCAAGUUGAUCUUGAUAGAUUACAAUUUUGUAUGAAACUAGAUGAUGUACGUCUAUUUUUAUAAAUACAUAAGUUUCUAAUGUUAUGUAUUUUCUUAUUGAACAUUUGUUGAAUGAUUUUAUAAGUAUUUACACGUUAUAUAUAUUAAUAGUGAAAUGUAUGAGGUAUAAAAUGAAUGCGGCAAUGUUAUCGAUGAAGAUUGUUUACAUGACAAUGACCGGAGAACCAGUGUCAAAGUAUAUUCCCUUAUUAUAAAACUGUAACUGGUAUUUUGCAUUGUAUUCGCGUCUACUGAUUUUAAUAUGUUCAAUGUAGUAUUAUUCAUAUUAUUUUUGUAGUAGUUGACCUUGUUACGCGGUUUCAAAUGAUAAUGUCAUACAUUAUUAUACCUAUUCAUAUAAUUUUCUGAUUCGGUCGAGGUUUGAAAGAUAUAGUCGGAUGGAAUCCGAAGCGCCAUUUCUGAAAACCUAUCUCUAAAACAAAUAUUUGAAUUUCAGAAUUUUGUGAAAUUACUAUUUUAUGAAUUAUCAUAAACUAAAUUUAUAUUUUUAACUUUAUUAGAAAUUUAGUUAAUAUUCCCUAGAUCUCUAUAGUAAAAAUUUCGCUAUGAUGUGAAAUUGAAAUUUUAAUUUUAGACAGAGGUUAAUAGAAAAGGCGCCUUAGAAUCGAUCCCAGUGUCUAUGAUAGCCGAACCUAAAAUACGACAUUCAUCCAGUAUUAGAAAAAGUACCAUUAAAUAAUAUGUCAUUGGCUAAUAAUGAUAUAUAUUUACUUGGACAAAUUAGAAUGUGAUCACGGUGCUUUAGAAAUGAUAAUAAAAGUUAUAUUAAGAUGAUUGAGCCAAAAUGUAAAUAUGUAAGCGGCCAAAGAUUUUGAACUAUAUAUUUUUUCUAUUUGCUUGGCUUUGGUUAUUGAAAUUCAAAUGGGUACAUAAUUUAAGUUUAAAAAUUUUAUCCUUGGAUUGUAUUUUAAAUAAAUUGUGGUAAAUUCUCUAAUUGUGGUGAUCUCUCGUAACGCCGUAUUGGUGCAGUUUUAUUUAAGUAUUACGAUUUAAUAGCACAAAAAUAUUAAAGUGUCAAUAUCAUUUAUUGAAACUAAUAUUACUUUUAUAUGUGUGUACUAGGUACAUUUCCUUGAGCAUGGUUAUUACAAAGGUGUGUAUUUUUAAAUUAUUAACAUGUGUAUCUCUGUGUUUACUCUCUGUGUCUACUCAAUAUAUUUAUACGUAUGUAGUAUCUUGAUUUUAUGUUUAUCAAAUAAUUUUUAAUAACUAGAUACUCGUAUUAAUUUUAUGGUUAUUAUUAGAUUAUUCGCUAAAGAAAAUAGACAAAAUUGUAAUAACAUCAGAAUACACUGGAGUCUUUUUUUUAGUAUGCAUUGUUUUAUAUGUGGACUAGCGGUGGUGGCUAUAUGGUAUAUUUUCGAUUUGUAAUCGAUUUUAUUAUACAACCGAAGAAUUUGCUUUUGCAACACUUAUAAUCUAAGACUGUAAUAUCUACAUUACUUUAUUGUAUUUCUUAGUUUUUAAAUAAAUAUGGAAUUAACUUUAUAUGAAAAUUCAUUAUGAAUUAAACUAUUUUUUUAAUGUUGGAGUACUGUACCAGGAAAGUAUGCACAUUAUUCAAUGUUCAGUAAUUACGCGCCAAAAUUGAAACUUAAUGGACAAAAAUAAAGAAAAAGUUUUAAUUCCAAUUUCGAAACCCAUCAAAAACAUAAAUAGUAAAAAAAUUCCAAGUUUCGCAACGAAGUUCUUCCGUUUUAAAAACUUGUGAAAUUUCAUGUAAAACCGAGUCAGUUAUUUAUU